GAAAAAAGGAAGACGCAUAUACCCGAAAGUGUGGUUACACUGAAAGUUUUCUUUAUUAAGAAAAUGAACAAGUGGAUUGUAAUUUGCUUUUUUGCACUCCAGGCCUGUCAUCUGGGUGGCGCACUGGAUUGUUACACUUGCCCAUUUGGCACCUGCUUUGCCCCUACAAAAAAAACCUGCGAGCUACUUCAAGUGUGCAAGACAGAGACUGCAAGAACAGGUGACCUGUAUUUAAAGAAGAAGUCCUGUUCAGCGCUCACACAGUGUGUUGGAGAGUCUGAAGAAACCUACAUGAAUACCAUUAAAGUGAAAACCACGUCUGAGUGCUGCAUCACUGACCUUUGCAAUUCAGCUGUUACAACCUCGGCCUCCUUCGCAACUGCCAUUGCUGUCCUUAUGUCCAUGUGGGUGGCCAGGCUCCUCUGA